CAAUGACCAAGGCUGUGCAUGGACAUAUUUAAAAUGUAAUUCAACAAAUCAAAAUAAUAAAAUGGAUGGCAAAAACAUGAUUGCAACAGUCAAGGAAUUUACUGAAAAUUUGAUGAAUUUUCUGCUUUAUUGAACAAUGACCAAGGAUGUGCAUGGACAUAUUUAAAAUGUAAAUCAACCAAUCAAAACAAUAAAAUGGAUGGCAAAAACAUGAUUCCAACAGUCAAGGAAUUUACUGAAAAUUUGAUGAAUUUUCUGCUUUAUUGAACAAUGACCAAGGAUGUGCAUGGACAUAUUUAAAUGUAAAUCAACCAAUCAAAAUAAUAAAAUGGAUGGCAAAAACAUGAUUGCAACAGUCAAGGAAUUUACUGAAAAUACCUCAGCACAUGGAUGUGGUCAAAUUCCAACAUCAAAAUUCAAACUUACAAAGUUUCUGUGGGGACUCAUAUUUGUGGGUUUCUUCAUGUUCGCAACAAUAAGUUCUGUAAAUUUAAUAACUAUAUACUUCACAUUUCCAACAAAAGAUGUAGUUUCUGUCAACUUUGAGGAUAUUGAGUUUCCUGCCGUGACAUUCUGUACUCAACAACCUGUAACGGCAACAGCUCUCAUUGACUUCAUAGAUAAUCAAUCACACCGUGAUGAUGCUAUUGGCAAAUUAGUGUUAACAAUGGGGUCCUUCCCAGGGAUGCUAGUUAAGCCAAAUAUUGGUGGACUGGGUGAUUGGUAUUUUAAAUACAGCUACAGGUUCCUGUCAAACCAAUUUGUCUUUGAGAAUCUCGACAAGAAAGAUCUUAAAACAAUUCAACAUGAUCUCAAAAGCUUAAAGAUCAGUUGUAAAUUCAAAGGUCAUCCCUGCAAAGAUUCUGCCUUUGUUGUUCAUCAGGAUGGAGGAUUCCAGCAUUGUUUUACAUUUAAUGGUGCAGGAGCUCAAUUAAAUGAUACGAAAGUCAUAAAAGCUGACCCAACAUCAGGUCUCAGUCUGAUCCUAUUCGUGGAUGCUUAUACUACAAAGAGGGACUUGUCAGAACUCACUCUAUACAACCCAUUUGAUCCGACAAGUGGACAAUCUGGAGUAAGGGUCAUUAUUCACAGUCCAAAAACAAGACCAAUGCCAUUUGAAAAAGGCUUUGAUAUCCCAACUGGUUUUUCUACAUCAGUCGCUCUCAAAGAAACCAAGCGAGAGUUAAUGACUGAACCGCAUGGUAAUUGCACAAUGGCUAAAUUCAACGGAGGUACAAAUUAUGCAUACUCAGAGGACACAUGUUUGGAACAAUGUAAACAGAAAAUUCUCAUAGAAAACUGCAGGUGUAUGAGUUCUUUGUUACCAACGCCAUCUGGUGAAUUGAAGCCUCAAUACUGUGGAAAAGUAAAUGUCACAAAUAUGUUUACAAUGAUGUAUGGUAAAUUAGAUGCGACAAUGCGGGGCAUUGCUGUGAAGGAGCUUGAAAUGCUUGAUUGUGAAACUAAGCUGAUGGAGUCACUUGGCAACUCCGAGGUCCUUAACAAAUGUGAAUGCAAAAAACCAUGUGUACAUACCAACUAUGUGAAGAUGCUUUCUCAAGCAGUUUGGCCUAGUGACUAUAACCAAAAGAAUUUCUUAGCUGAGUCCAUUAACAUGAGUGAUCCUACGCAACGAGCAACGAUACUAUUUGAAGGACUUGACAUUGGUCAGAUCACAAAGAAUGAAAGUGAGAUGAUACAGAAAAAUUUUCUAAGGUUCAAUGUGUACUUUGAGAGUCUUCAAGUCAAAACAACAUCCCAAGUUGAGGAUUUCCCAGCUUCAACAUUAAUAUCUGAAAUUGGAGGAAAUAUGGGCUUCUAUGUUGGGAUUUCAAUUAUAACAUUAAUGGAGAUGUUAACCCUUACUGGUGCAAUAAUUCUUUAUUGUUUUAAGGAUUUAAUCAUUAAAUGUGGACAAAGCAAUACAACAAAAGUACCUGAUGUUAAUAUUAAACAAAUAAAGUCUUACGAUAAUCAUAUGGAUGAAGAUAAAGAAAAUAUUAAUGCAGAAAUUCAUGGUUAAAGAAUAUUAGCCAUUGAUUCGAUGAAUUGUACAUGAUUUAACCAUUAUGUCUUAGAAUGAGAGUAGCAGUUUUGAAUUAGAUGUCUAGUACACAUAAGACAAGGACGUUUAAAUCAUCCACAAUUCAUUGAGUCAUAUGCUUUGAUUCUUUUCAAACAGUGCAUAAUAAGUUAUUAUAAAGUAAUUUGGGUUAUUAGACACUAUUUCUUUUCAAGUUGGAUUAUCAUUUGGGAUAGUUGGGGUUCGGUUUCUUUAUGACUGGUGUACUUUUCGAUGUUUUAUUUUUCUUGCUGUGUUCUGUAACUAUUUUUGGUCCUUUCCCUUUGGCAUGUGCGCCUUCAUACUUUAAAGAAUGAAUUUUGACAAUGACACUUUUUGCAAGGGUUUUACAAGGUUCGACCAUUUGAAAUUUUGACAUAAGCAUGACAUAAGCACAUGCUUUGCUAUCCUUUAUAAAAAUAUUCAUAGGUUUGCACAUAGCUGCCAACUUGAAAUUAUGAAACCUAUUAGCUUAAUCAGUCUUUGAAUCUAAAAAUCCAUAUCAGUUGAA